AUGACGCGCGGAGGAGGCAGAGGGAGCAGCCGGGGCCGCGGGAGCCGGGAGCUGGGAGCCACGCGCGGGGGGUGGGCGCCGCUCGCUCCGCCCCGCGAAGCCCCUGCGUGUCUAGGGCCGCGGCCGCUCCGCGCCAGGCGCGCUAGGCUCCGCCGUGUGGCCGCUGCCGCCGCCGCCGCUGCCGCUGCCGCUGCCAUGUCCCCGGGGAAGCCCGGGGCGGGCGGAGCGGGGACUAGGCGGACCGGCUGGCGGAGAAGGAGGCGGAGGCGUCGGCUGGAGGCGGAGACGAGGGCGCCCGGCUUCGGGCACACGGCGGGGCGCGUCCCGGGCACGUUCCAGGGCGCGCAGGGCAUGAAGCCCGCGGCGCGGGAGACGCGGACACCCCCGCGCUCGCCCGGGCUCCGCUGGGCGCUGCUGCCGCUGCUGCUGUUGCUACGCCAGGGCCAGGUCCUGUGCGCAGGUGCGGCACCGAAUCCUGUAUUUGACAUUGAAGCUGUCGUCAGCCCAACUACUGUGUUAUUAACAUGGAAGUACAAUGACUCGGGCACUUCAGAAUAUAGAAUAGAGAAUAAGAUGGAGAGCAAGCUGAUAUGUACUAUUAAAAACCAGACAUCAUGUAACAUCACAGGCUUAAGCCCAGGUACUACGUAUACAUUCUACAUCACAUCCUUAACCAAUGAGACCUUGGACAAAAAAACUAUCACAACAGAGCCCUGGCCAGUGUCUGAUCUCCGUGUCACCUCCGUGGGUGUGACACAGGCUCGUCUCACCUGGAGCAAUGCAAAUGGCACUGCCUCCUACCGGAUGCUGAUUGAAGAGUUGGCCACACAUUCCUCAGUCAAUAUUUCAGGUCUGAAGCUGGGGAUCAGUAAUAGCUUCGCUUUCCCAGAAUCAAAUGAGACCCAGGAUGACUUUGUGGUUGAAGAGGAUGUCUUGGAUGCCAAUGGUACCAAGAGAAUCGCACACAGAGAUCUCUCCCUCACAGAGAUCUUGCUCACUGAGCUAAAGCCCGAUACUCAGUACAAUGCCACCAUCUAUUCUCAAGCAGCAAAUGGCACCGAAGGACAGCCCAGGAGCAAAGUGUUUAAAACAAAUUCCAUCCAGGUUUCUGACGUCCAAGCUAUGAACAUCAGCGCCUCAAGUAUGAUCCUGACCUGGAAAAGCAAUUAUGAUGGGUCCCGUACUUCAGUUGUCUAUAAAAUACACGUGGCUGGGUGGACCCACUCCAUCAACCAAACUGUCAAUAAGACCGAGGCCGUCAUCCUUGGACUCAGCUCGAGCACCUUGUACAACAUCACGGUUCAUCCUUUCCUGGGUCAGACAGAGGGCACACCAGGCUUCCUCCAAGUGUACACUGCCCCCGGUCCGGUUUCGGACUUCCGAGUGACAAAUGUCAGCACAAGGGAAAUUGGUUUGGCUUGGAGGAGCAAUGACUCCGAGUCCUUCGUGAUUUUCAUCAAGCAGGACGGAGGUGAGAAGCGUCGAAAUGCUUCGACGGGAAACCAGAGCUAUAUGGUUGAAGAUUUAAAGCCUGGAACCGGUUACCGUUUUGAGAUAAUUCCACGAGGACCAGACGGGACUGAAGGACCAGCCAGUGCAGUGAAUGGGAGCACUGACCCCAGUGCUGUGAUUGACAUCCGGGUGGUCAACUUUAGCACCACUGAAAUGCAGCUGGAGUGGCAGAAUACCGACAAUGCUUCGGGAUACAUUUACUAUUUAAUUCUAGAACCUAAAAAUGGCUCCAUCAUCAGGACCAACAGUUCUCAGAAGUGGAUCACAGUAGGGGACCUUACCCCAGGCACCUUAUACAAUGUCACGAUCUUUCCAGAAGUGGACCAGAUCCAAGGAAACUCCAACUCCAUUACCCAGUACACACGGCCCAGCAGUGUGUCCCACAUUGAAGUAAACACCAACACCACCGUGGCAGCCAUCCGGUGGAAGAACGAGGAUGCAGCCUCUGCUUCCUAUGUCUACUCCGUCCUUAUCUUGAAGACUGGAGAUGGCAGCAAUGUAAUCAGCAAGGUCGCAGACGUCCCUUCUGUUCUAAUCACGGACUUAAUCCCUGGCGUCUCUUACACAGUGAAGAUCCUUACACAAGUUGGGAGUGAUACAGUAUCACUGGUACCUGGCUGGAAGCUGUUCUGUAUGGAACCUGAACCAGUAGCCUCCUUCCACUGUGAAGUGAUCCCUAAGGAGCCAGCGUUGGUUCUCAAGUGGGCCUGCCCCUUUGGCAUGAACACAGGCUUCGAGCUGGGAGUCAGGAGUGAUUCCUGGGACAAUAUGACACGCCUGGAGAACUGCACUUCAGAUGAUGACACAGAGUGCAGGACAGAAGUCACCUAUUUGAAUUUUUCUACCUCGUACAACAUCAGCAUCGCCACCUUGUCAUGUGGGAAGAUGGCGCUGCCCACCCAGAACACCUGCACCACUGGCAUCACAGACCCACCUACUCCAGAUGGAUCCCCUAAUAUUACAUCGGUCAGUCACAAUUCAGUAAAGGUUAAGUUCAGCGGUUUUGAAGCCAGCCAUGGACCUAUCAAAGCCUAUGCCGUCAUCCUCACCACUGGGGAAGCUGCCCAACCUUCUGCAGAUGUUUUGAAGUACACGUAUGAGGAUUUCAAAAAGGGAGCCUCGGAUACUUAUGUGACAUACCUCAUAAGAAUAGAAGAGAAGGGACAGUCUCAGGGCUUGUCUGAAGUCUUGAACUAUGAAAUUGAUGUGGGGAACCAAUCCACUACCCUCGGCUACUACAACGGGAGGCUGGAGCCUCUGGGCUCCUACCGGGCUUGUGUUGCUGGCUUUACCAAUAUUACCUACAACCUUCAGAAUGAUGGCCUCAUCAAUGGGGAUGAGAGCUACGUGUCUUUCAGUCCAUAUUCAGAGGCUGUGUUCCUGCCCCAAGAUCCAGGCGUCAUCUGCGGAGCAGUGUUCGGAUGUAUCUUUGGUGCCCUGGCCAUCACGACUGUGGGAGGCUUCAUCUUCUGGAGAAAGAAAAGGACAGAUGCCAAGAAUAAUGAAGUGUCCUUUUCUCAAAUUAAACCCAAAAAAUCCAAGUUAAUCCGAGUGGAGAAUUUUGAGACCUACUUUAAGAAACAGCAAGCCGACUCUAACUGUGGGUUUGCAGAGGAAUAUGAGGAUCUGAAGCUGAUUGGGAUAAGUUUACCUAAAUAUACAGCUGAAAUAGCCGAAAACAGAGGGAAGAACCGUUACAACAAUGUCCUGCCCUAUGAUAUUUCUCGCGUCAAACUUUCAGUCCAGACCCAUUCGACGGACGACUACAUCAAUGCCAACUAUAUGCCUGGCUACCAUUCCAAGAGAGAUUUCAUUGCCACACAAGGACCUUUACCCAACACUUUGAAAGAUUUCUGGCGUAUGGUUUGGGAGAAAAACGUGUAUGCCAUUGUUAUGUUGACCAAAUGUGUGGAGCAGGGAAGGACCAAAUGUGAGGAGUACUGGCCUUCUAAGCAGGCUCAGGACUACGGGGACAUAACUGUGGCAAUGACGUCAGAAGUCGUUCUUCCAGAAUGGACCAUCAGAGAUUUUGUGGUGAAAAAUAUGCAGAAUAGCGAGAGCCAUCCUCUGCGGCAGUUCCAUUUCACCUCCUGGCCUGACCACGGUGUUCCUGACACCACUGACCUGCUCAUCAACUUUCGGUACCUGGUCCGGGAUUACAUGAAGCAGAUUCCCCCUGAGUCACCAAUCCUGGUGCACUGCAGUGCUGGGGUUGGAAGGACGGGCACUUUCAUCGCUAUUGAUCGCCUGAUCUAUCAGAUAGAGAAUGAGAACACCGUGGAUGUGUAUGGGAUUGUCUAUGAUCUUCGGAUGCACAGGCCUCUGAUGGUGCAGACAGAGGACCAGUAUGUUUUCCUCAAUCAGUGUGUUUUGGAUAUUAUCAGAGCCCAGAAAGACUCAAAAGUUGAUCUCAUCUAUCAGAACACAACCGCAAUGACAAUCUAUGAAAACCUCGAGCCAGUGAGCAUGUUUGGAAAGACGAAUGGUUACAUCGCCUAGUUCCAAAGCAAACCCUUCCCGAAGCUAACCGGACCAUCACACCCACAGUGAAGGAGAGCGCCCUGACCGGACAUGUUUUAUAUGUCUCCUUUCUCAGUUCUUUGUUCUGUUCUGUUAGAACUACUUGGAGGGCAUGGGGCUGCGCAUGCAGAGCAUGGCAGAUAGGCAGUGGGGUGUCAGGGGCUGUGGACAGGUGGUGUGGAAAUCAGCUGCCUUCCUGAUCACCAAUGGGAUGGGUUCACUUUUUGUUUUUUUUUCCGUGAGAAUUGUGGAAAACCAGGAAAAGUGAGCUAUGUUUUUGUUUGUUCCCCUCUCUCUCUUUCUCUCCCUCCCCUCUCUCUCCCUCCCCUACCUCUCUUUGUUUUUUUUUUUUUUUUUUUUUUUUAAGACUUUUAUAUGAUUCACAUGCUAAAGCCAGGAUUAUGUUGGGUUGAAUAUAUUUUAAGUAUCAGAGGUCUAUUUUUACCUACUGUAUCUUGGAAUCUAGCCGAUGGAAAUGCGUGACUGUGGGUGUUUCUCACGCAGGGAGGGGUGCACGGCGCCUCUUCUGCGUGGGUUUCUAUUUGAACAUGUGCCUUUUCUGAAUUAUGCUUCCACAGGCAAAACUCAGUAGAUGUCUCUAUUUUUAUAUUGAAUCUCAGAAUUGGAAUAUACAGACUAUUUAAGCAGUAGCUUAGCAUCAGAGGGUCGUCUCCUCAGUAACAUUCCGGUUCCCAUUCGAUUAGAGGAGGCUCUCUCUGCGGCCCACCCUUGACACACGUUUGUGCCCCACGGCCCUCUUCCCUUUCUUUCUUUUCCCCUCCUAGUUUUCGCCAAAGACUUCUGUUGGUGAGAUUUUCAUCCCAUUGGUUGGGUGAGAAUAGAGAUUUAAACCAUCACCAUGAGACUCUCGGUGGGGGUGGGGAGGACGAGAGGAAUCAACCUACCAUGGUGUGCACCCCCUUCUCAUCCCGUCUCCUCCUUUCUCUCAUUUCUGUCUUUGGUAAGAAGGAUUAUUUAAAGGUGCAAUAUGUGACGUAGUGGUUCACGAUGCUCUGGGUUCUUAGUAAAGUUUUACUCAGGUUGUCAUUUUAUGUCUGUGUGUGUGUGUGUCUAUGUGUGUCUGUGUGUGUUUUAUAGCGUGGUGAUCUGUGAACAUUUCAGUGUGAACUCAGAUUAACCCUUUUCCCCCCUCCCCGAAGUCCACUGGCUUUAGUCUAUCUGCAGUGACACACAUCAGUAUCUACUGUAUAUAUAAAUACUAAACUCUUACACCAGUCAUUCCUAUGAAUUGAGGUGUACAAAGUUUGAUUUGUAUCAAAGAUGUAAUUAUUAUUUUUAAAACCUCUUUUCACUACACUGCUGCUGUAAUUACUUUGAAUUUUUAAAGAAAAAUGUAGUUUUUUUUGUUUUUUUUUUUUUUUGCUUCAGGUGUGUAUUCACCAAGAAUUUCAGAAUUUAUGUGGUUUUAUUUUAUUGGUACAUAAUCUGUAAACUUCUCAAGGCAUUAACAUGACAAGAUUUGUGUCUUUUAUUUUAUCUUGUGGCUCAGGUUAUAUUUGAAGAAGUUUCAAGUUUAUCUUCUAGUAGGCAAUGAAGUAUAUAUAUAAGGUCUUAUGAAGGAAUCGCCAGGUCCCUGGAGUCCUGUGGCUGUUUUCCACAGUAACACAUCCUGCUGUAUGUUUGGGACUAUGGUAUCGUGUUGAAGAUGAGGGCGGGGUCUUCUCCGAGGACCUGGCCACUGUGGGUCCCGGAACUGCCUUCUGAUGUUCUGCCUUCUCUGCUCCUUGUGUCACCAGCACUUUGAUGGCUGACUGGACCUGACCAUGAGUAUUUGUAGGGUUAGAGAGGAUGAACCAUGAUUGAAAGGCCCCUGCUGUGGCUCAGCGAAAUAGCGCUGUCCCUGCUGUGGGUCAGUGCUGUAGCACUGUGGUGUGUACCCCCCUUUUCCUUUGCGGUACUGAAAGGAUUAAAAGAAGAGGGUCAUGGCUUUGUCAUGCUUUGGGGGGAGAAUUUUACUUCUCACAUGGAAACUGCACUUUUUUUUUUUUUUUUUGCUAAAUCCUUUGCAUUUUGGUGUUCAUUUAGUGUCCAGCCCUACAGAGAAUGGGCUGGCCAGGGUAGGUUGAGCCCCUUGACUCAACUUCAUGGGGGAACUUGAUGCUGCAGUUGUGAAUCAGGGAAGCCAUGCUGUCUCCAGGUGUGGAGUGAAGCCGAACAUGGGCUCAUUAUUUCCAAAUGCCCUGUCAGGUCUGUCUAGGAUGUGCUGGCUUCGGGGUGCUAUACAGAGAGGCCUGUCCUGGCAAUAGUUCUGUGCACCACCUAUCCGCCUCUUCAGUUUGUUAGGAACCAUUGUAGUGGGUGGCGAGGGGUCCAAUCCCAUGCAGCACCUAUGCCCUGCCUCGACUGCCAGAAAACAUGAGGAAAGGACUUGCCCCUAAAGUAGUCCUGUAGAAGAUUAGAGUCCCUUAAAAAAAAAAAUCAAAGCAACAUAAUCAUAAACACACCGUAUAAAAUUGCAAAACACAGAACCGUCUCCACUUCUGCCCAUGUGGGUCUGCAGAGUCUUUAGGCCUCAGCCCCAGCAAACCAGUUCCAGUCCCAGGAAGACGGUGAGUGGCAGAGAGGUCUGGAGUUCCGAACGGGCAGGUCACAAGAAGGUCACCACGCCAUUCCAUAUCCGGAGAAGGACUGUGGUGGAGUUUGCAUAGCACAGCCAUUGGAAAGGGAAGAUUAAUGACAGUGGCUAGAGUUGGCCAGAGGCGAGGGGGAAGGUCCUUCUCACUGUUGGCUCCAGGCCCUCAGUGGAACUGUGAACAAAAGUUGGAAGAGCCUGGUGAAAUUGGACCGAUGGCGCUCCCCGCUCAGACACGAUGGCAGCACGGAGAAAAGCAGCCAGGGCGGGACUCUGCUGUCAGUGAAAGGGCUACAGACUGGAGGCCAACUGCUUUGGAGGACUUGAGCCAUCGACUGGUGUCUACUGAGGAGAAAAAGGCUUUUCCAUCAGUGCGGAAUCUAGCAAUGAUCGGCACCAGUGGGACAUUUGGUGUCUGUUCUCUGAGGCCACUUUGUGAUCUCCAGCCAGACUUUGGCACAAUGGACCUGCUGGCUUUGUGCUUUGUGAAGUUGGAGGCUCUGAGGGGUUGGGGUGGGAGUGGGGAGGAAGCAGAGGAAGGGUCAACUAUGCAGCUGGUUCAUUCAUACUUGUUUUCUGGGAUGGAGAAGCCUGGAAUCCCCCCCCCCCCC